AUGUCGCGCCGACCUUUAAAAGUUAUCAUUGUCGGCGCUGGGAUAGGUGGGCUGGCUUGUGCAGUCGCAUGUCGCCAUUCCAACAUCGAUGUUCUUAUUCUUGAAAGAGUGACUGAAAUCUUAGCUGUCGGAGCCGGAAUCCAAACCCCCUCAAACGCGACGCGAGUAUGGCGGCACUAUGGAGUAUUAGACGAGCUUCUGAAGCACGCGGUCAUCAUGGAUGGUAUACAGCUUCGCCGGUGGGAAAAUGGGGACUUGCUAUGUGAUCGUAGUGUGAGUCGGGACAGUCCGCUGAAUACUGGAAGUCCUUGGAUCGCGAUCCACCGAGCAGAUUAUCAGCGUGUUAUUAUUGAUGAAGCGAAACGUUUAGGGGUUAGGAUCCGCCUCGGGGCCCAUGUAGGUAGUGUAGAUUUUGAGAAGGCUGCGGUUACAUUGGAAGAUGGAGAUGUAGUUUCGGGAGACGUUGUUAUCGGUGCAGACGGCCUUUGGUCCACAAUCCGUGAACAACUCCUCACGCACCCCUCCCCACCCUUAGAGACAGGCGACCUCGCGUACCGUGGCACCUUCUCCCGAGAAGCUCUCACAUCCCUCAACGACCCCUCUAUCAAUCAUCUCAUUGAACAGCCGGUCUGCACUCUGUGGCUCGGCGGAUCUAGCCAUGCAGUGUUUUACCCUCUCCGGAAUGGGCAAGAAUUUAACCUCGUUCUCAUCACUCCCGACGACCUUCCAGCAAAUGUGCGGACCCAGCCAGGUGAUGUCCAGCAAAUCCGAGAAAUCUUCAAAGGAUGGGACAGUACUAUCAACAAGAUAAUCUCAAAGAUAGAAACAGUGACCAAGUGGAAAUUGUGCCAUCAUGAAGAGCUAGAGUCGUGGACGAAGGGAAACGUAGCAUUAUUGGGCGAUGCGUGUCAUCCAAGUUUGCCAUACCAGGCGCAAGGCGGGGCAAUGGCGGUAGAAGAUGGGGCGGUGUUGGGGAUAUUACUAGGAUUAUACCAGGACUCAAUAACGGGCUCACCAUCCCCGUCACCGAAUGUAGGAAUUCCUGAUGUAUUGAAGAUGUAUGAGGGGUUGCAGAAGAAAAGAACCACGACCCAGGUGAAAGGAUCAAUAUCGAACCAGCAUAUGUAUCAUAUGCCCGAUGGCCCUGAACAGAGGGAAAGAGAUCGAAUUUUAAAGAGCGCCAGCUGGGUCCGGAAGGAAGCCAACGAGAAUUUCGUAUUCAUUGAUGUCAAAUACCAAGGAAUACUGAUGGGGUUUGAUGCCAUAAAGGAAGCGAGGGAGGUGUGGAGCAAUUUGAUUCACGGAACAGAGUCUUAG